AUGGGCUACGCAGUGGCUCAUCUGGCCGUGUAUCCCGAAUUGCAGGAUUGGAUCCGCGAAGAGCUGCGGACGCUUGACCCGGACCCGUCGAAAUGGAAAUAUGAGGAGUUUGAAAUCCUGCGUUUCUUCCCACCAGUCCUUCAUUCUAACCGCUCAGUCUUUAAGCCACAGCAAAUAGUGGACGGCAACAGAACUCGACUGUUAACACCCCCUAUGGACAUACUGAUCUGCCAAUUGAGUAUGCACCUGGAUCCGACGAUUUGGGGUGCAGACGCAAGCGAAUUCAGGCCAUCGCGAUGGAUCGACGAGUCAGGACAACUGAUAACCCCGCCAAAAGGGGCCUAUAUCCCGUGGUCAAGCGGCCCACGCAUCUGCCCCGGCAUAAAGAUGUCGCAGGUAGAAUUUGUUGCGACGUUGACGACGCUUUUCCGGUCUGCACGGUGUGAUCCUCUGCCUACGGCUGGGAUCGAGGAGCCAGAAGCGUUGAGACAGCGAUUGCUGCGGGUGACACUGGAUUCUGUGUCCAAGUUGUCCUUGCAGAUACGUCAUGCUAAUGAAGUGCACUUGCGGUGGACUGCUGUGUGA